AUGUCAAAUUUUCUGCCCGGUAUUAUGGAUGGAUUUGUGCUUGCCAGCCGUAUUGCGGCUUGUGCUGAGGAAACUAUACAUACAACAACACCCCUAAAUUUCUCAUUGGUUGCUACAGGCUGUUCUCGCAAGCAUCCUACUGGUGACAGUGGGAUUCAUCCUAACUCUACUACGGUAGUACAUGAAGGACAAUUCUCAGAAGCCAUAGAGGAUGAUGUGGAGGUGAUGUUGGAGGAGGUUUAUGAACAUCUCGACACCGGAACCCUGCCUGACGGCCUUGCCGACGUGAAUGGUGGCCUUCAGUUGAGUUGGAAUGCUGCUGAAGAGGACAAUGCAGAAUCCAUUGGAGAAUUCACUGUGGCAGUUGGGUCUGAAGUUGGUAGUGGUGAGUUGGGAUGGGUUGGAACAUUUGAAUUGAAAGCUUGCACAGCCACUAUAUUCUACUCAAAGUGCGUGACGGGCAGGCCUGUGUGA